GCUGUGCUUGACAUUUUGAAGCUGCUCCUCCGGGGUGUUUGAACAGGAAGGCGGACAUGUUGGCCGAGCUGUGUGAGAAAAUUGUGCACAGUAUGCGAUUGUUUUCCGAAAACUAACACACAUAUUACGUGAUUCCUAUUUAUAUUCAGUGUGAGAGCUCUUGCAGUUCGGACGGGGGAAACAGCCGCCACUCAUUGACAGCUGAGGGGACCUAGAGGAAGGACUGCCGUUGAAAACGUUAUAGCGACUCCGUGUUUAAACUUCGAAAUUUGGAAGAAGCAGAAGUUUUUCCACCACCACUUCUACUUUUGAGCUGUCAGAUUGUGGCUUUCUGCAGGGGCCUGGUACAGCUAUGGGAGCACGCCUGGAUUAGUCUUCCCUCUAACUGUUUAUUUUUGAACAUUGCAUUUACUUAUAAUUGCCUUUUGUUUGGAACGUUUUAAGCCCUUAUCCUCAGCUGCAUCCUACGGAGGUUGUCUAAUCUGUUGCCGCAUUUAUCUUUGCCACUGAAGUUGUUUGCCACUUGUACUGAGAGGGGGACACCUUCCCCGACUUGGAAAAUGUGGAGUGGUAGGUGCCACCUUAACGCCUUGAUUGUCUGUGGAAGCUGUGGGACACCGAUGCAUUUUCUUUGAGGUGCGGUGUAAAGUUCACACGAAGAAAGGGACGUUUGGCUGGCUAGCUACCACUGGCUAACGUUAGCUAGCUAGCCAGCUUUCUUGCCUCGCCAGUGAGCUGUUUUUGUUCAUAACCCACCCUCGGGACUGUACUUGACAGCAAAGAUGAGCGCAGGAGACGCCAUGGCGGCUCGGUUUGAGAAAAUCGAUGCCAUGUUACAAGACCCCAAGUCGGAAAUAAACACGGAUUGUCUACUGGACGGCUUGGACGCGUUGGUAUACGACCUCGACUUCCCUGCCCUUAGGAAAAACAAGAGCAUUGACAACUUCUUGAAUAGAUAUAAAAAAACAAUUAGUAAAAUCCGUGAUCUACGAAUGAAAGCAGAGGAUUACGAGGUGGUUAAAGUUAUUGGAAGAGGUGCAUUUGGAGAGGUUCAAUUGGUAAGACACAAAUCCACACGUAAAGUAUACGCCAUGAAGCUGCUGAGCAAGUUUGAGAUGAUCAAAAGGUCAGACUCUGCUUUCUUCUGGGAAGAGAGAGACAUCAUGGCUUUUGCCAACAGUCCAUGGGUUGUGCAGCUCUUUUUUGCAUUCCAAGAUGACCGCUACCUCUACAUGGUGAUGGAAUACAUGCCUGGUGGGGAUCUGGUUAACUUGAUGAGCAACUAUGACGUCCCAGAGAAAUGGGCCCGCUUUUACACAGCGGAGGUGGUGUUGGCGCUGGACGGGAUCCACUCCAUGGGCUUCAUUCACAGAGAUGUAAAACCUGAUAACAUGUUGCUCGACAAAGCAGGUCACUUAAAACUUGCAGACUUUGGAACGUGCAUGAAGAUGAAUGAGGAUGGGAUGGUACAAUGUGACACAGCAGUUGGAACUCCAGACUACAUUUCGCCUGAGGUACUGAAAUCCCAAGGAGGAAAUGGCAACUAUGGCAGAGAGUGUGACUGGUGGUCAGUAGGAGUGUUUCUCUAUGAGAUGCUUGUUGGCGAUACGCCUUUCUACGCAGACUCAUUGGUGGGGACUUACAGCAAAAUCAUGAACCACAAGAAUGCCCUGAGCUUCCCGGAUGACAGCGACAUUUCCAACGAUGCCAAAAAUCUCAUCUGCGCUUUCUUGACUGACAGGGAAGUUCGGCUCGGCCGUAAUGGAGUAGACGAGAUCAAGAGACACCCUUUCUUCAAAAACGACCAAUGGACAUGGGACAACAUCCGAGAAACCGCUGCCCCUGUGGUGCCUGAACUCAGCAGUGACAUAGAUACCAGUAAUUUUGAUGACAUCGAGGAAGACCGGGGAGAGGAGGAGACCUUUCCCAUACCGAAGGCCUUUGUGGGCAAUCAGCUCCCUUUUGUCGGCUUCACGUAUUACAGCAAUCAACAUCCUUUGCGUGGAUCCGCUGCCUCAAAGACCAGCGACAAACGUAGCAGUUCAACAAAAGAGGACAAGAGUCAUCUGGAGAACCUGCAAAAACAGAUCUACCAAUUAGAGGAGCAACUCCACAGAGAAAUGCAACAAAAAGAUGAGCUGGAACAGAAAUGCAGGGCAUCAAACACCAAGAUUGAGAAGAUUAUGAAGGAGUUGGAUGAGGAGGCGAACCUGAGGAAGAGUGCAGAAGCCAGCGUGUCUCUGCUGGAGAAAGACAAGAUUAUGCUGCAGCACAGAUUCACCGAGUACCAAAGAAAAGCUGACCAGGAGGGAGAAAAGAGGCGCAACUUAGAGAAUGAAGUGUCGAAUUUAAAGGAGCAGCUUGAAGAUAUGAGGAAGAUCAGUCAGAACUCACAGGCCUCAAAUGACAAGAUUGUCCAACUGCAGAAGCAGCUGGAGGAGGCGAACGACCUGUUGCGAGCGGAGUCGGACACGGCGGCGAGACUGAGGAAGAGCCACACGGAAAUGACGAAGUCGAUGAGCCAACUGGAGACCUUGAACCGUGAGCUGCAGGAGAGGAGCCGGGCCACCGACGGAGACAAGGCGCAGCUGGAGAAGGAGCUGCUGCUGCUUCAGAGCACGCUGGAGUCGGAGCGAAGAAACUACAGCGAGGGAUCAGAGGAGAUGAGGGAACUGCAAGCGAGAUUGGCCGGACUGCAAGAAGACAACAAAAACUUGAAGAUCAAUCUUUCCAAAGUGGAGGGGGAACGCAAGCAAGCCCAGGAACGGAGCAACUACCUGGAGAAGGAAAAGAACAGUUUGGAGAUUGACCUGAACUACAAGCUGAAGACCCUGCAGCAGCGUCUGGAGCAGGAACAAACCGAGCACAGAGUGACGCGGGCGCAGCUCACAGACAAAUACGAAUCUAUUGAAGAAGCCAAAUCAGCUGCUAUGAUUGCCGUUCAGCAGAAGAUGUCGGAAGAGACCGGAGCAAGGAUAAGAGCAGAGGGCCGUGUGGUGGAGGUCGAGAAGCAGUGCUCCAUGUUGGAGUUCGACCUGAAGCAGUCUGUGCAGAAAAUGGAGCAGCUGAUGAAGCAAAAGGAGAGACUGGAAGAUGAGGUGAAAGGUUUGCACACACAUCUGGAUCAGGAGUCGAGUAAGCGCGUGGCGGCCCAGAACGACCUGAAGAGCCGCACGCAGGACGUGGACCGCCUGAGGUGUUCGGAGAAGCAGCUCAAGCAGGAGAUCAACACGGCGCUGGAGAAUAAACGCUCACUGGAGUUCCAGCUGGCUCAGCUGACCAAACAGUACAGAGGCAACGAAGGACAGAUGAGGGAACUUCAGGACCAGCUUGAAGCCGAACAGUAUUUUUCUACACUUUACAAAACUCAGGUUAGGGAGCUGAAAGAGGAGAUUGAGGAACGGAACCGGCAGGUACAGGACGCUCAGAAGAAGGUGCACGAUUUGAUAAGCGAAAGAGACUCGCUGUCUGCUCAGCUGGAUCUGACGGUGACCAAGGCCGAGUCUGAGCAGCUCGCUCGGGCUCUGCAGGAAGAGCAGUACUUUGAGCUCACCCAGGAGAACAAGAAAGCAACGGCUCGGCACAAGCAGGAGAUCGGUGAACGAGAGGCCACGAUUGCACAGCUUGAGGAAUCCAAUAAAACUUUGGCCAAAGACGUGGAGCACCUCAGCAAAGACAAUACGGAGUUGAGUGAGAAGCUUCGUCUUCAGGAGGAAGACUACCUCUCCCAGAAGGAAGAGAUCGUGGCUUCAGUCAAAGCCUCCUAUGAGAAGGUGCUCCAAACCGAACGCACGCUCAAGACUCAGGCGGUGAACAAGCUGGCUGAGAUCAUGAAUCGUAAAGACAUGAAGCUCGACCAGAAGAAGAAAGGUAGCACCGCAGAGCUGCGCAAGAAGGAGAAAGAGAACCGCAAGCUUCAGCAGGAGCUCAAUCAGGAGAAGGAGAAGUUUAACCACAUGGCCAUCAAGUACCAGAAGGAGGUCAACGAGAUGCAGGCGCAACUCGCAGAGGAAUCCACGUAUCGCAACGAGCUGCAGAUGCAGCUGGCCAGCAAGGAGAGCGACAUCGAGCAGCUGCGCGAGAAGCUGAGCGACUUGCAGCAGCGUGUGGAGAAUUCCAGCGUCACCAGCCUGCAGACGGAUGAAACAGACAGUAACACUGCAGAAUCCAGACUGGAGGGUUGGUUGUCCAUUCCUAAUCGUGCUAAUAUCAAGCGAUAUGGAUGGAAGAAACAGUAUGUUGUGGUGAGCAGUAAGAAGAUUCUGUUCUACAAUGAUGAGCAAGAUAAAGAACAGUCUAACCCCUCCAUGGUACUUGAUAUAGACAAACUGUUUCAUGUGAGACCAGUUACUCAAGGAGACGUGUACCGAGCCGAAACGGAAGAGAUUCCUCGGAUAUUCCAGAUUCUGUACGCCAACGAGGGAGAGUGCAGGAAGGAGGCGGACAUGGAGCCGGUCCCUCAGGGUGAAAAGACCAACUGUCUUGCGCACAAGGGUCACGAGUUCAUCCCCACACUAUAUCACUUCCCCUCUAACUGUGAGGCCUGCGCCAAGCCCCUGUGGCACGUGUUCAAGCCUCCUCCGGCUCUGGAGUGCCGCCGCUGCCAUGUGAAGUGCCACAGGGACCACCUCGACAAAAAGGAGGACGUCAUCGCUCCUUGCAAAGUGAACUACGACGUGACCUCUGCCCGGGACAUGCUGUUACUGGCUGUGACCCAAGAGGACCAAAAGAAAUGGAUUGGCCACCUGGGAAAGAAGAUUCCUAAGACUCCCCCAUCAACGUUUUCUAGAGUCUCGCCUCGUAGCAUGUCCACUCGCUCUGGACCCAACCAGUCCUUCCGCAAAAACCCUAAAAGCAAUACGGCAAAGCUGAGCAGAGCGCAGUCCAGCCUCCACGCAGCAGACACAACAUCAAGCACUUGUUGACAGGAACUUCUUCAGAGUGUUGAUGUUGUAUUUUAGAUGUUUCCCACUGACCUUCAAAUCUUUUUUUAUUUAUUAAUUGCGCUCCUGGAUCUUUUUUUUUUUUUUUUUUUUUAAAAC